AUUACUCAAAAUUCGAAAAAUAUUCCCUGCUUUCGAUUUUCGAAUUUCCCAUUUCCAAUUUGGAGCUUACAAAAUUGUCAAUAUCUUGAGUUAGGCGAAAUUCUCAAGUAUAGUUAAAUCGCUGAGCCAAGAUCUCUAGUUAUCCUUCGUGAGAAAGUGAGAGAGAGUACCGGAAGUGAACCAUGUCCUGGUCGAGUGGCCUGAAUAGGGCAUCCCUGCUGCCCCAGCUGAAACCAUGGCAGCGCUUCGACUGGAGGUCCUGCAUCCAAUCGCAGAUCUAUCGGGAUUGGGGCACCUACUACACCCGCCGCCUGAUGAGCCAGACGGCACUGGCGGCUUUUGGACGGGCGGUGGAUGUGUGCAAGGAACCAGGACCGUAUCUCAAACCAAUGCCCUGCCUGGCAAAGAGCUGCCAAAGCAGGGACAUUGGUGUCUGCGUCGACGAUUACAAGUCCUUUUUCAAGCGCAGUCGCUGCCAGAGGGCACUGGCCCGUCCGGAUCUGGCCUAUGUUGAUGCCCAGCGGGCGGAGCGGGCCCUGGCCAUCAUCCAACAGGAUCAGCCGCAGAGCAUCCUGGCGGCGGAUAUUGUGGCGGAACAGGGUGCCGCUCUCAACGACAUGAAUGCCUUUGAGAUGGCUCUACUCACGCUCGACGAUGCCGAGCAGCAGUUUGCAGUGAAGCACCAGCAAGGACGCUUUCGGAUGAUGAAGAAAAAGACCCUCGCCGUGUUUGAUGAUACUGUGGGUGAAUCACUGCCUCCGUUUCUGCAGCGGAAUGCAAGGAUCAUGGAAGAGGCCGCUCGUCAUCGUCAGGAAUUAGCCAACCAUGUCUCGCGUCCCCUGUGGAAGGUACUGCGCGAGCGGGAGGAGUGCGAUGUCCAGAGUAUACCCGAGGUGCCGCCCAUCUCGCUGACACCGCUGGAGCGGGCCAGAAGGCGCCGGAACGAGACCCGAUACACUGACACCUACCUGUGGCACAGCACUGUAGAUGUGGUGUUACUGCGGCAAUUGCGAAAGGAUUUGAAUUUUCUCAAUCCCCACAAGCUGCGAUCCACGCCGUAUCUAAGGCAUCUGAGUGGCGACAGGUAUGCCGUCAUCCGACGAUUCCUGAAAAUGCUGCACGCACAGAAUCCACUGUACAACCGAGAGCACGCACGGCACUUGAGUGAGAAGGUGAAGCAUCGACGACGGGAGAUGCGUCUGUUCCAUGUGGAGCACAAGACCCGGAGGGACUGCCUGCGGAUGCUGCGGGAAGUGCGAGCUCGGCGACGCGAGGGAGAUGUGGAUAAGCUAUCCGACUAUGUGGAGUCCAUCAUGUCCAGUUAUAUUGAGCAGAAGACACACCGCACGUUACCCUGGAAAUGGGAGUUCCUGAACGAUGUGUACAAUAUCCUGGCCCUGGCCUAUCUGGAUCGCUGUACCCUGCCCAGCAAUGUGGACUUUCUGGAACCGCAAAAUCGUUACCUACUGUAUUUGCUACGACCGGAGAGGGUCCGGGAUAUGUCCGUCACAUUUGGAGGUACCAAUAUAUACCUGGAGAUCGAUCGGGAAGAGAAGGCCCACAGCCGGAUCAACCAGAAACUGGAGCAGCUGGAGGAUCGGCUGAGACACUCCCGGUAUGCCAUUGAACGGGCUUACCUUCUGUUUGAGAUUGCGCGGUGUCAUUUCAAGAAGGCGCGGUAUGACAAAUGCCUGAUGAUGUCCCGAAAGGCCUUUAACGAGGCCCGCAGCUGCAACAGCUUGGUGUGGCGAUUCAAUAGCAUCUUUCUGGUGUGCCAGGUCCAUGCUCUGCUCAACAGCUUCGAGCGACUCAAAGAGUCUCUGGCCAAAGCCAGCCAGUUGGCGCAGGAUCUUAGGGCUAUGCAUCUGGUGGCCUUCAUAGGCAUCUGCAUCAAUGUCAAUGACUAUGAUCUGGCCAUGCGAAGGAUACGCCAGUCGGAGACAUAUGUGAGAAGGUCCCGAAUCAAAAGCGCGGCUGCUUCGGUGUCCUCACUGACAUCGGACACAACUAUUACGGGGGAUAGUGCAUAGGAUUCACCUAGUGUCCAGUUGCACCUGUUGGCUCUUCAAUCAACUCUUCUAUAUGCUAAAUAGAAGGGUUGAAUGAGGAGCCCUGAGGCAAUUGGACAGAAGGUGAUGCCGCUUUUUACCUUUUGAACUUUGUGGGAAUGUGUAAUUUUAUUAAAUAGAACAUAG